GCGACAGUCUGUUUCGGCUAAUCAUUGACAAAACAAAUAAUGUGAUAAGAUCGGUAAUUUGACCUCCACAUUUUUUUUAUAAUUGUUCUUGAUCGAGAGUCACAAAAUGUUUGGAAUGACGGGGUAUGCCGAUCAUUUAAUGAGCUCGGUGGUAGUUUGAAGAAAGAGUAAGUCGGGGGAGCCAUUUUGUCUCGGCCGGGUGAGAGAAAGAAAGUGGAAAAAGGGGAAUCACACGGGAGAAUAUAUUUGUUGUUUUUUUAUUUUUUAAAUUCAGAGAAACGGUUCUGUUUUGGAAAUAACAUUAGCUACUCGUCGGAUACUGUUGCGACACUCUACCCCUCCCUUGCGAUAUUUAGUUAACUAACAAACUAACUUGGACAUCUACAUAUCAACAUUACACGGAGAUAAUACAGCAGAUAUACGGGCUGGCUCUAGACCUGAGGUAGAUCUCUUCUCGUCUGUCUGGCGAACACAUCUUGCUUUCUCAAUGGCGAAGAAGACCUACGACCUGCUCUUCAAACUCCUCCUGAUCGGAGACUCUGGUGUGGGGAAGACAUGCGUGUUGUUCCGAUUCUCAGACGAUGCCUUCAACACCACCUUUAUCUCCACCAUAGGAAUAGACUUCAAGAUCAAAACUGUUGAACUCCAAGGAAAGAAGAUCAAACUACAGAUAUGGGACACAGCUGGCCAGGAGAGGUUUCAUACCAUCACCACUUCCUACUAUCGAGGCGCCAUGGGCAUCAUGCUGGUCUAUGACAUCACCAACGCCAAGAGCUUCGAGAACAUCAGCAAGUGGCUCCGCAACAUCGACGAGCACGCCAACGAGGACGUGGAGCGAAUGCUGCUAGGCAACAAGUGUGACAUGGAGGACAAGAGGGUGGUACCGAAAGCCAAGGGAGAGCAGAUUGCCAGGGAACAUGGUAUUAGGUUUUUUGAGACGAGUGCCAAGGCCAACGUCAGCAUUGAGAAGGCUUUCCUCACGCUAGCAGAAGACAUCCUCAGAAAGACGCCCGUCAAAGAGCCCAACAGUGAGAAUGUGGACAUCAGCGGUGGGAGUGGAGUCACAGGAUGGAAGAGCAAGUGCUGCAGUUAGAACGGCCCUCUUGUCCCUCCCUCUCACACACUGACCUCUAUAUCUCUAAUAGCAAACUCUCUAACACUCAUCCCCUCUCUGUUGUCAUAACACCUGCCUCUCUCUCUCUCUCUCUCUCUCUCUCUCUCUCUCUCUCUCUCUCUCUCUCUCUCUCUCUCUGCUCUCUCUCUCUCUCUCUCUCUCUCUCCUCCCCUGCUCUCUCUCUCUCUCUCUCUCUCUCUCUCUCCUCCCCUGCUCUCUCUCUCUCUCUCUCUCUCUCUCUCUCUCUCUCUCUCUCUCUCUCUCUCUCUCUCUCUCUCUCUCUCUCUCUCCUCUCUUCCCCCCCUUCACUUGUCUGGUCCCCCCCCCACACAUUCUCUAUGUUCUUAGCUUUCUAAAGAUCAGUUUGUUUCUGAUAAAAAGAUAAAUCAUGUUUCCUGUUUAUUUGCAAAAUGAGAGUGAAAGUCAGUCAACUUUUUAAUCUUUCCAUUGGCUGAGGCCGCCUGGUCCCCUCACCAUUGGUGGGGGGGGAAUAAAAUAAAAAAGAUUUAAAAAAAAAUGUAGGAUUAACAUUUUGUACACUAGUGGGUUAUAUUGUCAAGGUGCCGUAUUUGGUCAUUUUGACAUUUGUAAACAAGGCGAUGGGGUUUAUUUAGUCUUGUGCCUUAUAUGGAAGACGGCUGGAACUUCACCCACCCAAUUAAAUUAAACGUUUGGUAUUCUGGCUCCUCCCACGACGAGGCGAAGCAGAAAGGUUUGAAUUUUCCCACCAACCAGAUCUUGUUAGGAUGUCUGCUUAACGAUUGUUUUACAUUUUCAUUUAUUGUCCUUUUUUUUGGGGGGGGUAAAAAUAAAAAAAUGUCUGCAUGUUUGGGUUGGGAGCAUCUGUGACGUUGUGUUUCUGUGACGUUGUGUUUUCAUUUAGCAGACGCUCGUACCCAGAGUGACUUACAGGAGCAAUGAGGGUUAAGUGCCUUGCUCAAUGGCACAUUGACUGAUUUUUAUUUUUUUUCUUCACCUAGUCAAUUCGGAGAUUUGAACCAGCGACCAUUUCGGUUACUGGCCCAACGCUCUUAACCGCUAGGCUACCUGCUGCCCCUGUAUGUAAGAGAACGUUCUCAAGGAAAUUCAAACAGUUUUGCAGCUCCAUUAAAAAUACGCUUGUUUAA